GCGUCGACAGUGUCAAACAGAGGGAUGUGAAAAUGAUCGCAAACUGUGCGGAUAAAGUCAGUGAGCGGACGAACAGCCGGCCGCAGCGGCAGUUCGGACACUUUUUGUGUUAACAUCCAGCGAGUGCGGACUUUGUAGACUCCAGCUUCUCUUUUCUUGGGCUGAGGAAAAUCGGUUUAAGUCACUUUUUAAGUGCCGUCGAGCUAAGUUAGCGACAGUUGAGCUAACCGGAGCUGAUCGGCGGCGCGGUGACCCGGAGCUAACAGUAACACUAACAUGUAACUGCGGCGGAGCGAGCACCGUAACGUUAGUUUGGGCCACUUUCACUGUCCGCCUCUCAGCUGCUCAGCGUUUGGCGGCGUUUUCAGCCGGGAAGCAGGGCCGAGGAGGAGUGGAAGAUGUCUCGGAGGCGGCUGGACAGUCGCAGCGGACUCUCCGCCGGGCUGCUCGGCGAGAUCCAGACCCCGAUCACCACGGAGCCGCUGGAGAGUGUGUACGAGAUCACCGGAGAGCUGGGCAGGGGGAAGUUUGCUGUGGUGAAGCGGUGUGUGGAGAAAGCCACGGGGAAAGUGUUUGCUGCCAAGUUCCUAAAGAAGAGGAGGAGAGGUCGCGACUGCCGAGCAGAGGUCAUCCACGAGAUGGCCGUCCUGGAGAUGGCGCGUAACAACCCCCGAGUGGUCAACCUGCACGCCGCUUACGAGACAGAUCACGACAUCGUCUUAGUGCUGGAAUACGCGGCCGGCGGAGAGAUAUUUGACCACUGUGUUUCUGAGGAGCUCCUGCCUGAGGCCCAGAUCAUCCGCCUGAUCAGGCAGACACUGGAGGGAGUCCACUACCUCCACCAGAGGAACCUGGUCCACUUAGACCUCAAGCCGCAGAACAUCCUCCUGACCAGCCUGUUGCCUCCUGGAGACAUAAAGAUCGUGGACUUCGGCCUGGCACGCAGACUGGGAGCGGUCGGAGAGCUCAGAGAGAUUCUUGGCACACCUGAAUACGUGGCUCCAGAGAUCCUCAACUAUGAGCCGAUCACAACAGCGACUGACCUUUGGAGUGUGGGUGUUAUCACCUACAUGCUGGUGACGGGCGAGUCUCCGUUUGCUGGGGAUGACAAGCAGGAGACGUAUCUGAACGUGUCCCAGGUCAACGUGGACUACAGCAGGGAGACCUUCUCCAGGGUGUCCGAGCUCGCCAUGGACUUCAUCCGAAAGCUGCUGGUCAAAGUGCCCGAGGACCGACCCAGCGCUGUCGACUGUAUGAGCCACCCCUGGCUGUGGCAGCAGCCGCAGAUCUGCAUGAGCCCGGACCCCGCCGCCGCCGCCGCCUUCCGCACCAGGAGCUGCGGCGCCAAGUGGGCGGCCCCGCCCGAAGACCCCGAAGACAAGGAGAACUUCCUGGAGUCUCCCCACUCUUACACAAAAAGGUUUCGCUUCGAGGAGGAGACGCUCGCUGCUGUGGACGGUGACUUUUGAAGCUAUAAAAUAAAGAGGAGGAGGAUGAAGAGGCAGCAGCGGUCGCUUCUUCCUCUGAGCUUUUAAAUGGUUUUAAGUCUCCUGGAAACCAGCAGCGUGCCGCCCACCACUCACCAGUCUGUUUAUACUGAUCCACUCAAACCAAAGAUAACCGGCUAAACUCCGAUGUGUUGCUGUUCAAACUGUACAGUCUGUCUCAGUUAACGGGGUGUGUUUAAGCUCAUAUUUAAUUUCCUGUCACUGUUGAUCUGCGUUUGAAGGACUGCAUGAAACCUGCUCUGUGCUGAUGAAGGCCACUCCUGAGGACUUCCAGGGAAAUCUAUGCAACACAUCUGGAUUGUUUGCCUUUAAAUCACCCGGAGCUGCGUUUAGUUGCACUUGUGCUUCAGCAGAAAUGUGAGAUGUGGAGAUUAGCACCUCUGCUAUGAGGAAGUGAGAUCAUGUCUUUAUUUGCAUGUUUAAAAGAGGCAGCAGCUUAUUGUGAGAAACCAGUUUCAGGUUUCUGUUUGUACAUAAAACUCGCCGCUGCCCGUGUCAGGGUCGUUUCUCCAUGACAUUAAAGUCAGAUAGCAGCCACAUUCAGGCCUGAUCGGACCUGCUUCUAGCACUUAUGGCUCAGUUACAGCAGCUGCUGUGUGGGCCAGAUGUGGUACAGGGUUAGGGUGAGGGUCGUUUCACAUCUGGCUUGUGUAAGGUUGCUUGUUGCUGAGUUACUGCCAGAUGUGGGCCACACAUUCCUUAUUACUGCUGCAGAUAAAUCCUUCAAAAGUGGAUACAAGUAACAAAAUUAGUGUGUUUGUCCCUCUGGAGCUCAAUUAGCAACUUAAAUUUUCCUUUUUCCAGCUCAGUAAUCGGAUAUUUUACCACAAAGGUUCAACCACUGGAUUCAUUUCAGGGGUUUUCCUCUGGUUUCUGUGAGGAAGUCAAAUUCAACAUGAAUAUAAAUGUUCGCACUCCUACAGAGCUUAAAAAAAAAAACCACGAGAAUUUAAAUAUGAAACAAUAGAAAAUCUGCAAUGAAGCGUUUAUCAAUGUCAGUAUUUUAGAGUCGGGCUUCUUCUGCCAAAGUUGGAUUAUCAGUGAGCACCCCACACACACACACACACACACACGCCUGUAUCCACUAGUGAAAGAUUUUCCUGCACGUUUGCCUUUUAACUUGAUGUCAGCGUUUGAUUUCCUCCCUGUGUGCUUCACAUCGAGGGUUAAAAGUAGCUCAGGUUCUUAUAGAAAGCUCCUUUUUAAUAACUUAACAAUCCACCUCUCAGUGUUGAUCUGUCUUUAGGUUAUUAUGAAAUUUCUGGCUGCAGUAAAAGCGUGAAAUAUAAAGGGAUGAGUCAGCCACACCCGCACUUACUCAAACCAUUUCCUCCCUGAGCUGCGAGUUCCUCUUAGAGGAGAAACUUUAGCACUUAGUUUGUGCCGAGGCCUCAGCCUGCCUUCAGCUCGAGCUCCUGCAGUCCUCCGCAGGUCCGGGUGCCUCGAGAUCUCAUCUCAGGGCUGCUGCUCACUCUGUUUUCUAUUCUUAAUGUUAUUCUCACAAGCUGAUUAUUAUUAUUAUUAUUAUUAUUAUUAUUGUUGUUAUUUAUGUGCUGGACUUCUAUUUUUUAUGUAAAUAAUGUGCUCACGUGUCUUAUAAGCAGAGAUUCAGGUGACGAAAGCGAGGAUUAGUCUUUGAGGUGGUUCGGGGAAGUGAAGUAAAGUGGGGAAACAGAGGUGUCAGAUGGGUUUUAGAGAGGAAGGAGGUGAUUAAACAGGAAGCGUGAUUAUGGGAAGAAGUAUGUCCUGAUGGUUGUGAAAAAGUUGUGAUGCUGUAGAGAGGUGAUGAUGAGAAAGUAGGGAUGAUGAUUUCACCGUCGGCGAGUCGAGGUGCCACCAACAACAAAUCCUGACCUCAGAAAGCGGCAGCUCUUAACCUCCAGAGAAAACAUUCCUCUGGUCUUAUUUUUAGGUGCCAAACCCGAACGGGACCACACUGUGUGUUUGUUGUUGCUGUCAGCACAAAGGCCUCUGUGUGUGUGGGAGGCUGGGCCGUGCUGUCGUCCUUUAAAACUGGAACGCCACACUGUAAACGAGCGGACUGAUGUCAGGCGAUUGGAGCUGCUGUAAAGGAAAUAAGCUUGAACCUGACGAGUCUGUCUGCUCUGAGAAUAAAAGAUUAGGAGGUUGAUGAAUCUGCGGGGCAGAUGGGUUUGACGUCAUUUUGGUGCAGAUGCCCGAUUGGACCAUUGUCUCAGACUUGUGCUGUAACCGCUGUCGUUUUUGUACAGCUGCUGUUGUUCUCGUCACUCGGCGGCCUCGGCGUGUGCGAGCGCUCUUUGUGUGAGCGCCGCUGAUGUCACUCAGCGUUCCUCUUUGUUGUCUUGAGACUGAAGGAUUACUGUAUGUCAGAGUGAUACCAGCCACAAGCACAAAUAAAUGUCAAUCUACCUUUAUUCUGCUUUUUAUGAUUUUUAUUAUUAAUGUAUGAGCGUUCUGAUUGCAUCUGAAAUUACUAAGAAAAUUAUUUGUAUUCUGAUUAGCUUCAGGCUAAUGUUAGGCGUCACAAAACAAACUGGAAAAGCUCAUUAAAGA